GCUCGCGCAGAUGCGUGGCCUACUUCUGUCCCCAGACGUGUUGGCCUACAACAACGCCAUCAGCGCCUGUGCCCGAGGCCGCAGCUGGGAGAUGGCCGUGGCUGUUUUGGCGGGCGCCGAAGCUUCCGGCGGCGGCGCUUCGGCCGACGGCGCUGAAGCCCUGGACGUGGUGAGUUUCGGCGCGGCGCUGCAGCCGGUGGCGCGCUCGCGGCGGUGGCAGGUGGCGCUGCAGCUGCUGCGGGGCAUGGCCCGCCGCAGGCUUUCGCCCAACGGCAUUUGCUACACCGCCGCCCUGAACGCCCUGGGCGACCCGGACCCGGAUGCCAGCGACGGGCGCUGGCGCGCCACGCUGCAGCUGCUGUCGGAGAUGUGGCGCAAGCAGCUGCAGCCAGAAGCCGCCGCGGCGGUUCAGGCGGUGCA